UUUCAAGAUAAAUAUUUUUAAAUUAGCAAAUUAUUAUAAUAACUUAAUAAUAUACUUAACUACAAAUAUAAAUUAUUAUACAUAUAAAUUAUUUUAAUUUAUAUUUAAAAAAAUAAACGACAUUAAAUUAAAAAAAUAGUUGUGCAAUUUUAUAACUCAAUUUAUUGUUACAUUAUUAUAGUGCUUUUCUUUUAAUUUGAAAAAAAGUGAAAAGGCCUAAAUUUAGCAAUAAAAAUGAAAGUUUCAUUAAAAACUGGCUUUAUGGUAUUAAUUAUUACUUUUGCUGUUUUGAAGUCAAAUGAUUGCAGGUACUUACCAACUAGAUCGGAAGCAAGCAAGUUGGACAAGUUACGGGAACUGAUGAUUGAUGUUUUGAAUUCAAGCAAAGCACCACAAGAUUUUGAAAACGAUAUUACUUCAAACAAUAUAAACACACCAAUAUCCAAUUUAAAUGACGAUCACCUUUCGCCCUUGGUAAGAAAUAUUUUUGAUAACAACAACAACGCAAAAGAAGAUUCUAAAUUGUUAGCGUAUCUAAAUCAAUACAGUAACCACGGUACUGCUUUAAAACAUCAUAUUCCAAGGAAUUCAUUCAGUCAACGUAGUGUAAAAUAUUAAAAAUCCUAUAAUGCACAAAAUACCUUUAAAAAUGUUAAUUUAAAAUAAAGAAGCGAUGUCUUAU